CGAUAAGCUGGAAAACUACCCAGACUACUACAGGGUUCUCCGCACCAGCCAGGGCGGCUCCGUGUCCCUCGCCGCAUUCCGAGGCAAGCAGCCCCUCGUGCUCUUCUUCUACCCCAAGGCAGCCACUCCAGGCUGCACCAAGGAGGCCUGCUCCUUCCGUGACGAGUAUUCCCGCUUCACGUCCGCCGGCGCCGCCGUGUUCGGCAUCUCCUCCGACAGCCCCGAGGAGAACGCGGCCUUCGCCGCGGCGCAGCGCCUGCCCUUCCCGCUGCUCAGCGAUGCGGGGGCCAUCCUGCGCAAGUCCUUCGGUGUGAAGUCGGAUCUGCUGGGGUUGCUGCCUGGCCGCCAGACGUACGUGUUCGACACCGAGGGGCGCUGCGUGCUGUCCUUUA